AUGGGUACAGGCGAAGAGAGGCUCCCACGGGCUACAACCCACGCCCCACUCAUCGCGGGCCAAACGCAGACAGGUCCAGGGGGCCCGAGAGCUGGCCCGCCAUGGAACGGAGACGGGGGGGGUGGAGGGGUGAGAAGACGCACGGGCGAAAAAGGACAAAGAAACAUGGACGGGACUCAACAGCACGGGGGGAAUCAGGGGCUAAAUAAUCGACAAAAAAAAGGCCAGGCGUCAAACCCACACCACACAAGGGGGGACGUGGGACAGUGGAGAUGUGUCGGGGGGGAGCCGAACAGGGGGGCGUCUGGGGGAACAGACACCGGUAGAAUAAAAGGCAUGAACCCGCCGACAGGAAAAAACCGAAAACAAGCCAACCAAAAAAAGCCACGUAGAGAGCGGAUGCCGCGGGCUAAGGUCACAUGCCUGAAGCCAGCAAAAGCACGCAGCGACCACGGUGGUAGUGAUGCAUGCACUCACCCCACAAGAAGCAAUGCCAGCACGAACAAAGGGUUGCCCACAACGAUGGACGGCGCCAAACCCCUCAGGAACAAAGGCGGCCACCCCCGCCGCAAGGCCAGCCGCUUGCAACUUAGGCGACCGUCACACAACCUGAAUCACGCCGUUCAAGGAGAAAAAGAGGAGAGCCGCUCUAACCCGGUGCGAUGCGAGGGACCACCGGAGGACGCCACGGACCAAGCCACCGCCUCAACGCCCCCCCCGCACAAUCACCUGCGCGUAGGCAGAAGGAAGCAGCAGACGGACCAAACCGGCAAGAAAGCAAGCCAUGAGGGCCGGGAGACGGAGAGCCCAGAUGGCGACUGCAACCCUCGGCAGGGCGCGCAACCCGCAGCCCCCGACGGACCCUGGGCCCACGGACCUAACACGCGGGAGCCCAGACAGACGCUUACCAGGCAGGGAAACGACCACACCAACACACACCGGCGACGAGAGGACGCCGCCGCCGCGAACGCACGGUACACCUCCCAGGCCACAACCCGCCGCCUCAGACUCGAAGAUGGCCUUCUCACCUCCAAACCUGCCCUGCGCAUGAAUACCCCAAUCACGCGCGCACCGACAACGAUCAACCCCCGGAAUCUAACGCGCCAUUACCCCCCAGCGCCACAGAACGCGCACCCCCCCGCACGGCACCGCCCCACAGCGGGGCGUCCCCCCGACCUGGGAGAGCCGCCACCUCCCCCCCGGUACCUAAUCAACGCACCGCCACCGGCCCCGCAGAUCCUGGAGCGGGGAGCCAAACCACCGACAGUACUGGGCGGAAGGCACCCGCUGCCGCUGCAGCCCUACCCCGCCUCCCUGCAGCCGGGACAACCCGACCGGCGCCACGACCGGCCCGUUCCCCAACGGCUCCCCCACACAGGGACCUACUGA